AUUACAUUCUCAUCAAAUUUCUUGUAAUUGGAAGCCAUUCUGACAUAUCAGUGACAUACUCCUUACAGCUGGAUUUAAGAGAUAACAGAUUAAACCAGGAAGAAAAGUUGUUUACAGUUUUCAAGUUAAAAGCAACUAAAUAUAAAAAUCAAACAGAUGGGAAAACAGCAUUUUGAAUUGAAGAUGUUUCACUGAUAAAAAUGAAAAUUGAAAGCAAAGACAAAAUGUUCUCGUUUAUUAUCACUUUAUUUGCAGUGAUUAUUGCAAUAAUCUCAUUGGUUUGCUCAAUGUUUGUAUAUGUUGAGUUUCGAAAACAAAAUAAAGGCUCAAUACAAGAGAUGAAUGAAAUUGUAACAUUGAGAAAUGAACUAUCCUCUGUACAAGUCGACUUCAUCAAAAUGAAAGAGAACUUCAUGAAUGAAAUGGAAGAUCUAAAUAUCCGUAUCCGUAAACUGGAGACAGAAAAACUGCACUGGAUCAAUGUGGAAGGGAUAAAUUACAAUGUCUCGCAUCUGAAACGUAGAAAACGUGAAGCAACUGCAGCUUUUCAAUACGGCUAUGGUCGUGAUGGCAGGGAUGGACUAGUAGGGCCACCUGGCCCACAAGGACCUCCUGGACAACUUGGGCCAAUUGGACCACAAGGGCCAUCUGGACAAGGGCCACCGGGACCAUCUGGACCACAAGGGCCACCUGGACCACAAGGGCCACCUGGACCACAAGGGCCACCUGGACCACAAGGGCCAUCAGGAAGGGAUGGGAGGGAUGGAUUGAGUAGCCAAGGUCAAUGGGCUAAUGAUAUAACUCGCCUACUGGAGCAGCUCCGCCAUGAUGUUACCAACACUAGUAGACCAUCUGCUGUACAAGGUCCCCCAGGACCGCCUGGUCCCUCAGCUGGGGGUGCAGUGUAUGUGAGGUGGGGAAGGACCACCUGUCCGGAUACAGCUGAGGAUGUCUAUGCAGGUAUAAUGGGGAAAUCAGACCAUUCCCACAAAGGAUCAGGAGGUAACUAUCUUUGUCUACCUAGGGAACCUGAGUGGGGGAAGACCACAGCUGGUGAACAGUCCGGGGCACUUAUUUAUGGAGUUGAGUAUGAAGUCAAUCAUGGUAACA